GACGUGGGAUUGCUCUACGCUGGCAGCAGGAGAAUUGAGAACCUCCCCCUUCAUACAAAAUUAUGGAUCAUAGGACAAACAUAGUCCCUUGUUUUCUCCUCCGUCUCCAUUCCUCAGGCCUCACUUCUUAGGUCUCAGGGUUAGCAAUGGAUGCGCAGAGAGCUUUGUUGGAUGAACUCAUGGGAGCAGCCCGUAAUCUUACCGAAGACGAGAGAAAGAAUUACAAGGAGAUAUGCUGGGACGAUAAAGAGGUUUGUGGUUUCUAUAUGGUUCGGUUUUGCCCUCAUGAUUUGUUCGUCAACACUCGGAGUGAUCUUGGACCGUGCCCUAGAAUCCACGAUCAGAAGCUGAAAGAGAGUUUUGAGAAGUCCCCCAGACAUGACUCUUAUGUGCCCAAGUUCGAGGCUGAACUUGCUCAGUUUUGCGAGAAACUGGUCUUAGACUUGGAUAGAAAGGUUAGGCGUGGUCGGGAACGCCUAGCUCAGGAGGUUGAAGUUCCUCCCUCUGCUCCAAUCCCAAGUGAGAAAUCAGAGCAGUUAACUGUGCUGGAAGAAAAGAUAAAGAAUCUGUUGGAGCAAGUGGAGACCCUCGGUGAAGCAGGCAAGGUGGAUGAAGCUGAGGCACUCAUGAGGAAGGUGGAAAUCCUGAAUGUUGAGAAGACAAUCUUGACUCAACAACCACAGAAUGAAAAAGUCUCGAUGCUCACACAAGAGAAAAAGAUGGCGCUGUGUGAGAUAUGUGGUUCUUUCCUUGUAGCAAAUGAUGCUGCAGAAAGGACACAAUCUCAUGUGACAGGCAAACAGCAUAUUGGUUAUGGCAUGGUUCGGGACUUCAUUGACGAGCAUAAGGAAGCUAAGGAGAAAGCAAGGGAAGAGGAAAGACUAGCGAAGGAGAAAGAAGCAGAAGAACGGAGAAAACUGAGGGAAAAGGAAAAUGACAGUAGAGGUAGAAGAAGUGUUUCAGGGGAGAGAGAUAGGUACCAUGAUCGAGACCGAGACAGGGAGCAAGAUCGAUACCGAGAACGGGAAAGAUCUCGAGAUUGGAAUGGCAGGGGAAGCCGAGAAGGUGGGAGGGGUGAUUGGAAACACAACAAUUACCGGAAUGGAAGAGACGGGGGCAGAGACAGGUACCGUGACAGAAAUGGGAGUAUUGAUAGGCCAAGGGAAAGGGGUCGGGGUAGGAGCCGAUCGCGUUCCCCUCAUAGGCAUGGUCACAGGAGAUCUUCAAGAAGUCCAAUCCGCCCAUAGUGGUGGCUAAUGUAGAUAGAUGACUGAUCUUUUCAAACCAAAAGAGGUAGACCUUUUCUAUCACCUUUUAGUGUGCACUUCUGUAGUGUUAACUGAAAGUGAACCUCAUCUUGGGUGAAACUCUUUUUGGCUACCUCACAGCUAUAUUGAAUCUUUACCAUCUCCCUGUCAAUCGAUAUUUUAAGAGAGCAGAGAGGUUGAGGUAGGUAUAUUUAUCAUUGUAACUUUUCUUAAUAUUUUGCUUUAGGUUUUUGUUGAACUAAAUCUAUUUUUAUGCUUUAUCUCUGAACGUAUUGUUUUCAUAGCAUCUUUUGUUGGGUGUAUGUGGGUUAUUCAUAUUCUCAGAGUAGUUAAGAUGACACGAUCCAAAAUAUUUGCAUGACUGACUGUUGCUGCUGCUGAGGGAGAUAUUGGGUUGUGUCACAACUUUCAAGGUAAUAUAUAAUCCUCAACUUGUCAUGGCUGGAGAUUUUUUUUUUUUCUAGGGUGGCGGGAGGGUGUGAGGAGAAUUUCCAGGUUGAGUCAGUCCCCCCCUUUUUUUUUUUUUUUUAAAUUGUCUUAGCAUGUUGCAUGCAAUACCCCUUGUUUACAUUUGGGAUUUCCAUUCCAGCUUAAUAGGUCUUAAGAGGAGUGUUUACUGGUGCCAAAUUGGUCUGUGUGCGCACCCAUACAGUCUGGGAAUAAAAUGCGGUCAUGGACACGCCAGUCAAAGGUCGCAUCUAGGUGUACGGUGUCAUUUUAUUUGUUUUUUGCAUUUAUUUACAAGAUCUGUUUGGUCUCAUCAAAUUAUUCAUCCGACAUUGCUAGGGCAUGAUCAGUUGGACUUACUUUGAUCCAAUGAUCAUUUCUUUGAUCAGUUUCUUUAGAGCCCAUUGAACUGAGGAUCUAUACUUCCACAUGUACAAGACCUCGUUCAUGCCUGAGUGAGCUUUAAGGUUGUGAUGGUCUACUAGACCUCGUUCAUGCCGAGUGAACACAUACUUUUUUGUUAUUUGGGUAAGUAACUAGUCGAGGGGAAGGAUUUCCAUUAAGUUGAUAGACCUCAUUGUAAUUGUAGUUUGUGCUACAAAAUGUUAUACCUCCACAGGUAGAGGGUUGCCGGGCAAAUUCUUUCUUGCCUAUGGUAAAUGUGUCUGCUGGGUGUCUAGUAUAGAAGACAGAUGAAGCUCUACACAUCACGAGCAUAAUCAAUCUCCAGGUCCAUGACACUUCCUUGUUCCAUUAGCUUCUUUUGCCAUUUCCCAUCUCUUUGCAGGGGAGUGGAUUUUAAGAUGCCUACAGGGCCAUUAGACACGAGGACUGCGAUCAUUGAACCUGAAGUUUGUGGGAACUAACUUCGCAGAAAAGCUAAUUCAAGCGACUUGCUGCGGAAAUGUCGACGGUGAUGAAAAAUGUUAGUAAAUCUCAGGUCUGCUGGAUCUUUUAAAUAAGUUGGUUCGUCUAUUUUGCCUAGUGUUCGGAAAUUUUUGUGUUAAAGUUUAUGAUGAAAAGCUCUAUUGAAUCUAGAGAGAGCAUUAAAGUGAUCACUAUGUGCUGAAUCUAUUUUGCCAGUAAUUUGUUCAAAGUAUUCCCUAUUCUGAAGUUUGUAUA